CGACGUCGUGACGUCACACGGCCGUAGCAGCGCAGCUGAGAGGGGAACGUCAUGGCGGUGUAGAGCGGAUUACACUCAAUGUUUACAUUCUGUUUACCGUCUCUUUUGUGGGUUUACUCUGGUUUUACCGCAACAACGCGCGUCUUCUGCGACUGACUGCAACAGCAGACUGUCUUUCUUUCAUUAAGCAUCUGCUCCACACGCAGAGAGACCGAUCCAGAACCAGAACCAGGUCGGUCAGUGUGUUUGCCGUCGGUGGCCUGCUGAUCCUCUCUGCCCAGCCGUCCUGGGGCCAUGGUUGAAGAGGGGCAGCAGAGUUUGGAGGCCCAUGGGAGCCCCGUACCGGAGGACGAACAGGUCGUGUUCCCGCUGCUGCACGGCGAGUGUGUGGAACAUGUCGGGAGGGCAGAGGAGUCUGUCAUUGCCUUAACCAGCUACCGCCUUCACAUCAAACUCCAAGAGAACGCCGUCAAUGUCCCACUGCAGCUGAUCGAGAGCGUGGAGAGUCGGGAUCUGACUCAACUGCACCUCACCUGCAAAGACUGCAAGGUCAUCAGGUGUAACUUCCUGUCGGCGGAGCAGUGUCAGGAUUGGCUGAGGAGGAUGAGUGCAGUGGUGCGGCCGCCGGCCCGGCUGGAGGAGCUCUUCGCCUUCGCGUUCCUCUCGUGUAGCGCGAGUGUGUCCGCUGAGGACAGAGAGCUGCAUGAUGGGAUCUGCCGUGCAGGAGGACAUCAGCGGAGGUUCAAGCGAGAGCUGGAGAGGAUGGGCUUCGACACCCACAGUGCCUGGAGAAUCUCCAACAUCAACAGCAACUACAGGGUGUGUGCCAGUUACCCAGAGCAGAUCAUCGUGCCUGCUGUGAUCAUGGACCAGGAGCUGGAGAGCGUGGCUGCGUUUAGAUCCUGGAAGAGGAUCCCGGCUGUCGUUUACAGACACCAGAGUUCGGGCGCUGUGAUUGGUCGAUGCGGGCAGCCAGAGGUCAGCUGGUGGGGUUGGCGAAAUGCUGAAGAUGAGCAUUUGGUGCAAGCCAUCGCUAAAGCCUGCGUCACGGAUCCAGCUUCGAGCGCAGCGCAGGCGAAUGGCUCCUGCGUUCGUCGUCACUCCGAUCCUCACAUGGCCAAUGGGAACGUAGAGGCGGAGCCGAGUGCCACGCCCCCUCAGAAGCUCUUAAUAAUGGACGCCCGGUCGUACGCGGCUGCAGUAGCCAAUCGGGCGAAGGGAGGCGGCUGCGAGUGUCCAGAGUAUUAUCCCAACUGUGAGGUGAUGUUCAUGGGCAUGGCCAACAUCCACUCCAUCCGGAAGAGCUUCCAGUGUUUGCGGACUCUCUGCGCUCAAGUCCCUGAUCCGGUCAAUUGGCUGUCGGCGCUGGAGGGCACUAAAUGGCUGCAGCAUCUGUCUCUGCUGCUGAAAGCGUCUCUUCUGGUGGUGAACGCAGUGGAUCGGGACCGCAGGCCUGUGCUGGUGCACUGCUCCGACGGCUGGGACCGGACGCCUCAGAUAGUGGCGCUGUCCAAACUGCUGCUGGACCCCUUCUACAGGACCAUCCAGGGUUUUCAGGUGCUGGUCGAGACCGAGUGGUUGGAUUACGGUCAUAAGUUCGCCGACCGCUGCGGCCACGGCGAGAACGCGGACGAUCUGAACGAGCGCUGUCCGGUGUUCCUGCAGUGGCUGGACUGCGUUCAUCAGCUCCAGAGACAGUUCCCAUGCUCCUUUGAGUUCAGCGAGGCCUUUCUGGUGAAGUUAGCGCAGCACACGUACUCGUGUCUGUUCGGGACGUUCCUGUGCAACAGCGUGAAGGAGCGAGAGGAGCGGCGCGUUCAGGAGAAGACGUGCUCCGUUUGGUCUCUGCUGCGGCCGACGAACACAUCCUUCCACAACAUCCUCUACUCGCCGCGCUCCGAGACCGUUUUGCACCCAGUGUGUCACGUGAGGAAUCUGAUGCUAUGGAGUGCCGUCUACCUGCCUAACUCCGCCCCCUCCACGCCUUCUGACGAGUCAUGUGUGCCACACUCCGCCCCCUCAGCCUCACCUGAGGACACACCUGUGAGCAGGUUACCAAAGACUCGGUCAUAUGACGACCUGCCCUCAUCGUGUGAGGGUUUAACCCCGAACCGCCGCAGCAGCGACCCCAACAGGAAGGAGAAGUGGCAGGACCACCUGCUCGGCCUGGAGAUGAGCGUGACGGCAGAGCCGGACAGAAUCCACACGCAGACGUCCGAACGCAGCGCUCCCGGCUUCAACACGAACCAUUCUGAAGCAUUAAACGGGGCGGAGCUUUGUGUGACUGACAGCCAAAUGGAACACAUCUCACAGGAAGUGAGAGAAGAGGAAAACAGGAAGCUGGAAGUUCUAAAAAACACGCCUGCCUUCGAUGUUCCAGACGACUUUGACAGCGAGGACCAAACGCCUGAAGAUCACGCUGUGGAAAGUUCCACUGAAAAACACCCGCAUCCCGACGAAAACAUGGAGUUAGCAUCAGACGGAUUACCCUUUACUAUUACCCACGAUCCUUCAGAAUCUAGCAGCCAAUCCUCCUCAGAGAGUUCUUCCAGCCCAAACCACACUCUUAACGGCAUCUGCUCACCUUCCCAGCAUCCCGUUCAUCCUCCUCCUCCGCAUUCGGCCAAUCAGGACAGCCGACAGACGGGAGACGCUUCUCCAACGUCGCCCCACAAUCCCGUCGGGCGAGGGUCCGCGGCGGCGUUAGGGCACCUGGACACGGACGGGUUGAGUCUGCACAGCGACGCCGUACAGGUGCGUCUGCGGCAGAUGGAGGCGGGGCAUCAGCUGCAGGUGGAGACGCUGAAGAAACAGGUGCAGGAGCUCUGGAGCCGGCUGCACAUCAACGGGAAGCUGACGUCUCUGCCGGACGGGGAGAACAACCUCGAGUCUGGCUGUCUGCAGCGCUGCGGUGCCACUGAACUCCUGUCCGAAUCCAGCUGGGAACAGAUCGAGCAACAGGAAGCAGAGGUGACACAGUGGUACUCGGAUCACCCGGCGUCCCGUUGCUAUGGAUGCGAGAGGACGUUCUGGCUGGCGACAAGGAAGCAUCACUGCAGCGGCAGAGAGCCGGUUGAUGAGGCCUGGAACUGUGGGAAUGUGUUCUGCGCCAGCUGCUGCGACCAGAAGGUGGCGGUACCGAGUCAACAGCUCCGCGAGCCAAACCACGUGUGCCAGGCGUGUUACGGGCACCUCCGGCCCUCAGCCGUUCCCCCGGCGCUCCCUCCUGCCGACCUCGAGCUGGAGAAGCCCAUCACUGCCAGCUCCAACUGAGAGACUCCAAUAAACUGACCUGUGAGGAGCCCAGAACCGGCUGAACGUCAGCGCUAAAGGGAUGUAGAUCGCCCGAAGUGAUCGUUCGGUCAUCAUUACUCACCCUCACGUCCCUUUAGGUCAAGUCAUUUCACUCGGCGACCUUUUUUUAUUUCAAAGGCGGGACUUAUUCCGCCAUAUUGCGCGUUGCACUUUUUUCCAUUCAUAUUAAUACGAGUCCACGAAUCUCAAGUAUAUAUGAUAUGGCAUGACUUUCUUCUACGGAUCACGAAAGGAAAUGUUUAACAUCCGGGGCUGGAUUCAUGAAAUAUUCCUAAGAAAGGAGAAGACGUAAUGAUAAACACUUCAAAGGCCAUCUAAUAAUUUUAUAAUGAACAUACAAUGGCUUAAUGCAUUCUUUUUUUAUCAACACUUGAACACAAAUCUGAGAAAAUCACGUUUUAGUCAAAGUUUGACAUUUCAUUCAGUAACGUUAGACAGUUUUGAUUCAUAUGCUGUUUAAUGUUCGUGUUAUUUUACAUGCUUGUUUCUGCUUUUUCGUCUGUGUUUUGAUCAGGAGAUUCAAGAUGUGUAACAGCGCCCCCUACCGUAUAACAGUGAAAACAUGGAUCGCCGUAAAAUUCCGUCAAUGGCGGGGAAAGAGUUAAGACACAUUUCAAGUUUGUGCAAUUCCUGAAAAACUCUCAAAUAUUUACUAGAGAUGUUCUUCAGAAGAAAACAGCCGUUUCAAUCCAAAGUUGCAAAUUUAAUUUUCCAUCCCGUGUUCAAGAGAAUAAAAUCAUCACUUCCUUUUGGAAACUGGUGCAAAAUAUCAGUAAUAAAAAUGUAAGUUGCUGCAAUCGGGCUCUUUUUCCUCUAUCAGAAAUGAGUUUCGUCUCACGAAACGCAAUAAACGCUGUCAUGUGAUCUUGCGUUCGGAUGCUGGUGUUCGGGAACGCAAUCGUGUGAGACGGUUCUCGAGGAAUUAAACCAAAUCGUUCUGAUGACAGACUUUCAGAACCACCAAACCAACAUUUGAGUUGCUGCGAUGCCAUUGGUCCGCUGGUUAGACCAGUUAUCCAAUCACAGCCUUGCCGGGAUUUAUUCAGUAAACGUUUUUCCAUCGGCGUCAGGAUGUUCUUUAACAGUAUAACGCCGCAAAGCUAUUUCCAAUUUUUUACUUCUAAACGAAAAACUUCGCAGCGAGUAUAUCGGGUCAUUGAAAUGCACGAGUAAUACGUUUCUGGCUGCAGUUCACUUAACGGCCACCGGUGUCGCUAAUAAUGUUUAAUCAAAAUAAAACCGAAAUCACAAUACAGCUUAGUGCGAUUAUCAAAUCAAAUGCUGCGAUUUAAAUGUUACUGAAUUUCGAAUUUAUUCAAAGUCACGUCACACAUAAUCAUGACCAAUCUGUGUUAUCAGAAAAUUCAUGCACAUUAAUAUAUAUAUAUAUAUUAAUAGUAAUUUGCAUAUGUAGCAAGUGUUAUAUUGUAAUAUUUGGAGGUUAUACUAACUUUAAGAAGUUAUGCAUGAUGAUUUUUAAGAACAUUAUUUUCAUAAAUUCUUAAAUGUUUUGGGGGAAUACAAAAUAUUCUUAGCUUUACUCUUAAUGUUUCGUGAAUCCACUCCCUGAUCAUGUUUUGGUCAUGCUUAAAAAAAAAAAAAAAAAAAAAAAAAAUCAUAUACAUAGUUCAUACAUAUUGAGCAUGUAUGCAAAUGAGAUUUGAGAUCUGAAAGUUAAUUCUGGCUCAUCGUCUCAGGCAGACGUGUUUCACUGAAGAGGGUGAGAAAAUGAUGACAGGACUUUAAUUUCUGUGAACUAUUCCUGUAGUACUUUAAUCAUCUUCUCUGGACCCCGGAUUGAUUCGGUCUGACUUUGCAGAUCAGAAACGAGGAGCGCCGGAGGAGUUUUGCACACUUGAAUCCGUGUACAUGAGAUUUGUAUGUAUAUUAUGUCACGUGUACAGCCAACGCAACGAACGCUUGACGGACUUGAGCAAUACGCACAGGAUCUUCUUAAUCGGAGGAGAUCCGUGUGACGACAUCUCAAACGUGUCUGCUGUCGCUUUGCUGUCUGGUCAAGGGCCGGGUUGUAUUUGCCCUGAUGAAAUCUCCCACAAUGCAAUGCUGCUGUCUUUCCUCUCUGCGUUGGACAGAGUUUGUACGAGCUGCUGCUGCUAACGCUGUCACUUCUGGAGCCUGCGGCGUUUGUGUGAAUGAAUUAAAGCACAACACACUGCCAACCUGA